AUGGUGACAAAAAAUCGUUGCAAUAGACAAAUGGGCGGUCUUGCUUUGACAACAAUGGCAUGCAUAAUUUGCUGUGUUUCUAUGGAACUACCUCAUUGGAGAGUGUGGUAUUUCCAAGACCCUGCAGUCUCUAAGCGUUCAAUAGCAUUUGUUGGCAUGUGGAGAGUUUGUGUUUUCCACCAUGAUGAAAACUUUAGCAUCAUCAGAAAUUGUCACAGAUACAGCUACCAUGACACUUUCGUUCCUUUGGAUAUCCGAAUGAUCCAACAACUGCUACUGGUUGCUAGCAUUCUUGGACUGGUUGGGAAAAUCACCACCAUUAUUUCCCUUUGGGAUGUGUGUAUGGGAACAGUACAGGUGAAUUCCACUUACAAUCCAUUUGCUCUCUCCGGAAUUCUGAACAUCAUUUCUAGUACCUUUGUUUUCAUUGCUGUACUGUUCAAUUAUGUAUUUAUCAAACGCAAGGAGGGUAUAGCAUUCCCACCAUCUUUCCAUAUGCCUUCCAACCCUGAUUCUCAGGAAACUGGAGGUGCUAUGGCUUUGGCAAUUAUAGCUGCAAUUUUGUUUCUAUUAAGUGGCAUAAUUUUGCUUUGUUCAAAAAUUGCCACCGUCAAACCAGGACAUCCUGACUUGUAA